UUCACUAUAUUUAUAACCCCUUACUCUUCCUUCAUCACUUCAUUAAACAUAUUCGAUCUCAAUUAUUUUCUUAAUGGCUGAUUCAACCUCUUCAGGAAGAAUGUGGUGCUCCAUCCCAGAACGCCUUCACCUGCAUGGGGCCAUGUUGGCCUUGCAGUUUGGCUAUGCUGGUUUCCAUGUUGUCUCAAGAGCUGCCCUUAACAUGGGUGUUAGCAAACUUGUUUUCCCUGUUUACCGUAAUAUUAUUGCUUUUCUUCUGCUUCUUCCUUUUGCUUACUUCUUGGAAAAGAAGGAGAGGCCAGCUAUUAAUUUAAACUUUCUCGUGCAGUUCUUUCUUCUUGCCCUUGUCGGGAUUACAGCCAACCAGGGUUUCUACUUGCUUGGCUUGGACAACACAUCUCCAACCUUUGCAUCAGCUAUACAGAACUCUGUUCCAGCCAUUACAUUUCUCAUGGCAGUCAUACUCAGAAUAGAGCAAGUUCGGUUGAACAGAAAGGAUGGAAUAGGGAAGGUAGCAGGAACAGUGUUCUGUGUUGCUGGUGCAUCAGUGAUUACACUCUACAAGGGUCCAACAAUAUACAGUCCAGUUCCAAAACUAAACAACAGCAAUAACAUUAACAGUAGCAUAGAACAAGAGUUAUUUGAGUCAGUACUCACAGUCUCACUUGGAGAUGCAAAAGGAAAAAACUGGACCCUUGGUUGUGUGUAUCUAAUAGGACAUUGUCUGUCUUGGUCUGCUUGGCUUGUCUUACAAGCACCUGUCCUUAAGAAGUAUCCUGCUCGUCUCUCUGUCACUUCCUAUACUUGUUUCUUUGGACUCAUCCAAUUUCUCAUUAUUGCUUUGAUCGUUGAAAGAGAUGCUCAGGCUUGGAUUUUCCAAUCUGGUGCUGAAGUUUUCACUAUUUUGUACGCCGGAGUGGUGGCAUCAGGAAUAGCGUUCGCUGUACAGAUAUGGUGCAUUGACAGAGGAGGCCCUGUUUUCGUAGCAGUAUAUCAGCCUGUUCAAACUCUUGCUGUCGCUAUUAUGGCUUCUCUUGCUUUAGGGGAAGAAUUCUACUUGGGAGGGAUCAUUGGAGCAGUAUUGAUCAUUGUGGGGUUGUACCUAGUGUUGUGGGGUAAAAAUGAAGAAAAGAAAUUUGCAAGGGAGCAGGCAGCAAUUAUUUCUUCCACUCCAGAGCAUAGCAUCAUCAGAUCCUCAAGCCAUGCCAAAACAUCACUUAAUCAACCUCUUCUUCCUUCAUCAACGGAAAAUGUCUAAUCAAGAAAAUCAUAAAUAACUUCAAGCUGCAAAAAUCAAUAUUUUCUUUGAAAAGAGAAAGAAAAAAAAUGGACAUCAAAGAAGCAUGAUAGUAGUUAUACAUUACUACUACUUUAUUUAGGAAGCUUUUGUGUGUGGGAAGUGGUUUGCUUUUGGUUAAUUCAAAUGCUUUCUUAUUGGGAUAUAUGUGAAAUGAGGCUUUUUUUUAUGGGAAUUAUUAUUACAAUGAUAUAUGUCACUUAAAUCUGGGCUUAAGGCUUGAAAUCCCACUAUGCCUAUAUAUGUUAAUUAAUGGUUUGAUUUACACAAUGAGAUUAUUUUGGGUCUGGUUGCAAACAUAA